AUGGUGAAUUUAAGAGCUAGGCCUAAGUUAACUAAUGAGGAAAGAAAUUCCUUGGCUCAAUGGCUGCUCCAACACAGCACGCAAGGUAAGCUCCAUCAUGGUGCAAAGAAGCAGGCUGCCGAGAAGUUCCACGUCGCCUUGAGGACCGUUUGGACGGUCUGGAAAUCUGCCAACUCCCAACAAGCCCUUGGGUUACCUAUUCAGUUGAAUAAGAUGAAGAAAGGGUUAGCACACAAAGAUAAAUGGAAGAUAGACAUAGAAAAGGUGAAGAAAUUGUCCGUGUUAGAGAGAUCGUCACUACGAGUCAUGGCAGGUAAACUAGGGGUUAGUAAAUCACUUGUUCAUAAGUGGGUGAAAGAGAAGCAGUUAAAACCACAUACCAAUGCUAUCAAACCUUUCUUAACUGCUGAAAAUAAGAUAUGUAGGCUUAAAUGGAGCCUCAAUCAACUUAGUGCAGUAAAUGAAGGGGGGUUCAUUAAAUUUCAGUCCAUGUUCAAUACCAUACACAUUGAUGAGAAGUGGUUUUAUUUAACAAAGAGUAAGGACAGAUACUACCUGUUACCUGGAGAAAAUGAGCCUUACAGGAGUUGCAAAUCAAAGAGAUUUAUCGAAAAAAUAAUGUUUAUUUGUGCUGUGGCAAGGCCAAUCAUUGAUGCACAAGGAAACAUUAUUUUUGAUGGUAAACUAGGGAUUUUUCCCUUCAUAACAGAAGAGGCAGCAAAGAGGAAUUCAAAAAAUAGGAUCAAAGGCACAAUGGAGGUAAAACCCAUUCCAAACAUCACCAAAAAUGUAAUGAGGGACUGCAUGAUCACACAGAUGGUUCCCCAUUUUAAGACCAAAUGGCCUGAAUUUGCAAGCAAGGACAUAUUCAUCCAACAAGACAAUGCAAAGCCACACAUAAAGCCAGAUGACCCGGAGUUUGUAGCAGUUGCAAGACAAGAUGGAUUUAAUUUCCAACUUGUCUGCCAACCUGCUAAUUCCCCGGACACCAACGUGAAUGACCUCGGUUUUUUUAGGGCAAUUCAGACACUGAAAGACCAGAAACCAGCCAAAAAUGUGGAAGAACUACUCAAGAAUGUGCAAGAUGCUUAUGAAGAGUACCCUCCAGAGAAGCUUAAUCAUGUAUUCCUCACACUACAAAGUUGCUACCAGGAAAUCAUCAAAGAUAAGGGAGGCAACAACUAUAAGAUCCCCCACAUGAACAAGGAAAGAUUGAGCAGGCUGCAGAUACUACCAGAUGUACUAGCUGUUGAGGAACAACUAGUACAUGACACAAUUCAGUUCAUAAACAUGCAGGGAACUCAAGAGCAAAGACAACACAGCAUAGAUCAGUUAGAGCUCAGACUCCAACAGGUGGUAAUCAGUUAG